AUGGAGUGCAAUCCUUAUUUCAUUUCCAAUUGCACCGCACGAAUUUUCACACUGAAGGGAAUAAAUGUUACAGAUAUCGAUAUCUACUUGCGGAAAGAAUUAGGCGACAUUAUUGUCCACGUUACAUGUUUCAAACAAAUUUCUAAUGUGUACCGGAUAUUCGCAAUUAAUGUCACUUGGAAUCUAUGCGAUUUUUUUGCGAAACAAGGUAUAAAUUUUUACCAAACAGUUUUGAUGACGUGGGUGGCUAAAUGGAGUAACGUCAACCAUGCUUGCCCGUACUCGGGACACGUCUGGGGUAGGAAUUUCAGUGUUAAGGAAGAUUUGCCAUUAUUUCUGCCGAAAGGGAAUUAUCGACUUGACAUUCACGUAUAUGAACAAAACUUAACCAACAAAGUCGGGAAUCUUAGUGCGCUUGCGGAAGUGAUAUAGGAAAACGUAAAAUAGA